AUGCCGGUGGACGAAACUUCAUUACGGGCAUCGCUCGAGGCGUCGUACCCUGAAGCAACGCACAUUGUACGUACUUCCACAAGGAGCUCCAGCGAGCUUCCUUCGGGUAAAGUACCCGGUCUCGACUUUCCGAGCUAACCCGUCCUCUUAUGCUGCGACUUGGCCUGUCAAAGCAAGUCUGGGAUAUCUCAGGUGCGUUGUAGCUGCCUCAACUCAAGUCACCGACACGGUGGUCUGCUUCCAUCAGAGCUGACGAAUCCUCUCCUCCGUGGUGAACGGCGGGAAUCGCACGAGCAGGCGGUUGCGGAGCUGUAGGUCCUAGGUCCUGCCACGUAACGAGUCCCUACCUACUCGCUCCCCGAGAACGAUUUGACUCACUGAUCACUCUUCGAUUUUCCGUCUAUAGUCAUAUGAGGUCCUUAUCGUGUCCCCUUCGUUCGAAGGCAAGACGACCCUGAAACGGCAUCGCGAAGGUACGUCAUCUCCACCCAACAUCGCACCCCUCAAGACGAACGCGUUAUCAAGCACGAGAGAACUGACCAUCACCGCAAAACACGUCUACUCCUUCCGCCCACCGACUUUUAGUCAACGAGAAGCUCAAAUCGGCUAUCGCGGAACUGCACGCCUUCACCCAGGUCAGUCGCUUCGGUCGAAGUUUCGAGUUUGAAACGUCUCGAAUGCUGACAUCACUCUGUGAUGGAUCGCAUUGCCUCCAAUAGCGAACACUGACACCAAAGCAAUACGAACAACAAGUGCAGGCCGAGACGAACGCGGCUUAG